AUGCCGCACAUACAGUCACAGGGACAUGCCAUCGUGCCGGUCCUCAAUACCCAGAACAUUCAACAAGCUCCUCAAGACCCUCUUUACAGUCUAGUCACUGCAUACGAGGCGGAUACCGACCUCAACAAAGUCGACCUUGGCGUGGGAGCAUACAGAGAUGAGACAGCUAGGCCAUGGAUCCUUCCCGUUGUGAGAAAGGCCGAUGAGCGCUAUCGUCUUGAUCCGAACCUGAACCAUGAAUAUAUACCGAUAGCGGGUCUUCCCGAAUUCUGCACUGCCGCACAAGCGCUCAUCCUGGGAAGCGAUUCGCGGGCAAUCCAAGAAAAACGCGUAGUACUCCCUAUGAAGAUGGCCCUGGCCUCAACUCACGCGAUGUAG